AUUAGUGAGUCGUGGAGGGAGAGCAGCUCUGCCAUGUGUGGCCAUUUCCCCCCAUCACUUAUGUCUUGUCGCCCUGACCACCCACCAGGACACCUGAUGGUGAAGACUUUAGCAGACAACAGGCUGUAACUAGCUUGUGUGUGUGUGUGUGCGCGCGCGUGUGGGAGCCAAGGACUAGUUUAAUAUCUGGCUAUAAUUAUUUAGCGAUAUCGUCUGAAGGGAAACCCGCCUUCGGCAUUGUUCAGAUUUAUGGUGAGUUCCAUACGCGCAAGACUUUGUCUAUUUCUUAAAUAACUCUUCAAAGUCGACAGACCACUCUUCCUGAUCCAGUGUGUCUAACAGAACGUGAGACAAGAGGAGUAUUGUUAUUUGUUGACAGCUGUACGAAAUUCUGUAGCAAGGUACAAGACGUCUUGCAUAAUGAACAAGCCCUUUAACAAAUAUAGUGCACAACGUAUGCCUCAUACUUCAGAUUGAAGGACCUCACUUGGCUCGUACCUUGCACGCUUGUGGAUCCAAGGGGUGCGGGCGAUACGGCUAAAUAUGUACUGUUUCAUCCACUAAAUGAAUUGAUCACUUUGUUUUCCACAACCAUUCUCGUGUCAAGUUUUGAACAGGUCACAUGACGGAUGCACCCCAAAUGUUGCUUUCUGAGAUGGUGCCACGAUGACGCUGGGCGGUGUCAUUAUGACCUGAGGCUUAAAAGCGGCCUGCGGAAGGAGUCUUAUCAGAAUCAAGAGAUCUGGAUUAAGGUCAAGGCCCUGUUAAAAAAAUUCAUUUUCUAAAACGAGGCAGGGCGAGAUCGUUUCCCGUGAUUCCAGACCAUGACGCAAACAAAAUACUAUCCACUUGGUACGCUAAAAAGAUGAGAUUUUGUAAUUACACACUUUUUUUUUUUAAUGAUGUAGUUUGAAAAUGCGCUAUGAAUCUCCAAAGCAGUAAACACGACUCAGCAUGACGUCAUACUUUAUUGAAGACUCUACACUGAUAAACGUCAUCACCAAUGUCACGUUGCCAUGGAUACCGCCGGAAAUGAAGCAGAAAGAGGACUUGUCUUGCGCCCAAAACCGGUCCGACGAGCACAUAACGUUUUACGAGAACGCCCGGUUCGUCACCGGGCUGAUAGUAUACCCAAUCGGGUGCAUCAUCGGGAUCACGGGCAACAUUCUGGCGUUGAUUGUGUUCAACCACCGGGACAUGCGGACCUCGACCAACGUCUACCUCUCGUCCCUGGCUGUGUCUGACACCAUCAAGCUCCUGAACGACGCCAUGUACUUCAUGAUCGUGGCCGUGGGCAUGAACGACGCUUCCCUGUCGCAGACGAUGAUGAGCAGCCUGUAUCCGGUCGCCCACUACGUCUUCAACAUGGCCGUCUGCGUGACGGCCUGGCUGACGGUCAGUGUGGCCGUGGAGCGUUACAUCUCCGUGUGCUACCCUUCCAGGGCCAAGGAUCUCUGCACGACCCGGCGGGCCAGGCUGGUCUGCACGUUCGUCUUCCUCUCCAUGAGCAUCUUCGCGGUGCCGUCGGCGCUCCGGUACGAGAUGAGAACGAUCUUCGACAAGGCGCUCAACGUGACGUGCGCUCUGAUCGUGGCGACGGACCUGGGCAACAACAACCAGUUUAUGAUUCCUUACUCGUGGAUCAACAACUCCCUCCGCGGAAUUAUUCCAGUCUUCAUCCUUGUGUUCCUCAACGUCAACAUCAUCAAUGAGCUGCGUAAAGAGCGGGUGAAAGGGAAAAAGUUCACCGCCAGGAAUCGAAUCACCCUUAUGCUGAUCGUCAUCAUCUUCAUGUUUCUCAUCUGUAUAACACCGGACGCCAUCCUCUCGACGUUCUUCAACAAGGGCUACGUCGACGAGGAGAAUCUCUUCAAGGGCAUCCGGGAGAUUACGGACUCUCUUCUUGUGGUCAACUCCGCCUUAAGCUUCAUGGUCUAUUGCGCCAUGAGCUCCGUCUUCAGGGUCACGUUCGCCAAGAUUUUUUUUAAGUUCAGAGCCCGCCCCCCGCACCCGGAAGCCAUGCAUUUAAACCGGAGAUCGCCUUCCCAAAAACACACUCCGACAGUUGAAAGCCCGGAUGUUGUCCGUGCUAAUGGCAGUUCGAAGCAUGAGAUUCACUCUAACGGCGGAGAGGAGUACUUAUAAGAGAAGGAAAUCAUCUACUAUCAUCGAUCAGUUCUUAAGUGGGCAUUCUCCCGCUUCUAGACACGCUGUCUUAGAACUGUUGUGCUCUUGAAUGCAGAAAGAACAGAACAGGAGACAGAAUCUUGGAGAGAAAAUCAAACGUGCAUUAUCUUAAAAUGAAAUGGACAUGCUGUUUACUUGACUACUCGGAAUAUGAAACUGAAUAGUACUUUUUUUAAAAAUACGGCUUCUCUUUGAGACCCAACAAUCUACAUUAUAUAUGAUGUAAACAUUGUAGAAAUAAAUGUUGUAUCAGGAUAUCAUUAGGCCAGCACUACAACCAAACGCCUUUACUUUCCCCCCAAAUAAUUUUUAUGAACCCAUUAUGACGUCAUAGGAUUCGAUUUAGGCCUACUCCCACUUUUCACCUGGAUAAGAACUAGACGCCCUCGGUAGGAAAAGUGGGCGCCUAGUCCUUCCAACAUGCUCCACCACACCUCUCCUUCAAACCAUACUUAAUUUGUAAUAAUUUUUUGUUACAUAAUCUGAACGCAUAUUAUGUAAUAUAUUACUAGAUCUAAAAUGUUACAGUAUAUAUUAAAAGAAAAUUGAAAUGAAAGCUGUAUAGCUUUUAUAUUUAGUUUCGAACUUCCCAUCCCCAACCCCCCCCCCACACACACACACACAAAAGUGUAGAUAACAACAAAAUAAAAUGUUUUGUUAUUUAUAAUUUUAAAUUUUUUAUUGUUUCAUGGCGGCUUCUGAAUGGCGUCCUAUCUCGUUACAGGCGUAGUCUCAUUGAAACAUAUAUAAGCUUUGUUGGUGUUUGUUUUUAAAUAUUUUUUUGUUUCACUUAUUUACUUCGAGAAAAAUUUAAAAAAUCAAUUCCUAGUUUACGAUUUAGUCAUUUAUAUUUCUCUUUGUAAAACAGAAAAAAAAAAGACCAUUGUAGUCAUCGAACCCACGACAUUUAUGUUAUUAGCACGAUGUUCUAACCAACUUAAAGUAACAACAAACUUUAAUAUAGAUUUAGAUGUAAUAGUAGAUAACCAGCUUGCAAACCGCAAAACACAAAGUUGUGUAUUCCGUUUUGCAGAGCACUCCAUUGAUAGAUCCGAAGGUCCAAAUCAAGUCAUAGAGACCAGCGUUGGUCCCCCCCCCCCCAUUCCCCACUCCGAGGAGGGAAGGCGAGAGGAGGGAGUAUACAUCCAGACAUGGAUCGCAACGGUGCUAACGAAAAAAAAAUAUGUGUCAAACAGAACCCAUUCUAUGCGGUCCUAUUGUGCAUUAUGGUCAGCGGAAGGCAUUGCUUCACGGGCCGGAUGUGGCCCUCGUGCCAUAGCUCCGGCAUCACCGGCAUAGGCUGAUAUAUUUCCCUGGGGGGCGAAAUGCCAAGAUUGAAGUAGAGGGGCCACCGAUACUCCCAAGUCUGGCUGCCACCAAUCAAGCGAAUAUCCAUUUUUUUUUUUAAUUUUAUUCUUCCAACUAUUUAUUCGAAGUGAACAUUUUAAAGAGUAAACCUUCAUGUCAUGUUGAGGCAACCUAAGGCGUGUUUAGCGUGUUCAACAUUCACUCAACCCUCUUUUUUUUUUUUGGCAUCUGUUGAAAUGAUUUUUAUGUAUGAGUUGAAACCUUAACAUCGGGGGAAUUCAUAAAUAAUUCAGUUUUCUUUACAUAUCGACAUACAUAAUUCAUUCACACAUGUACAAUAUGUAAAUUAUGUAUGUCUGAGCUCGACCAGACCCGAAUGUCCAGCCCCCCAUGUACAAAUACAAUGUAUUGUAUACAUCACAUGUCCGUCAUUGCUAUUGUUCCAUGUAUACCAGUACUAUUGCUCACAAUUUGUUUAUGUUGGGUAUUUUUUGGGGGUUGGGACUUGUGCUUAUAUUUAUGUUUUAUUUUAUUUUGAGGAUUUAUGACCUUUGACCAUUACCGAUAUUAUUUAUUUGGUAAUUGUUUAUUUUUUUUGCGUUCAUAAGUUUUGUUUUUCUUCAUAGGUGAAGGACACACGUAGUGUACUCUCUAGCGUUUUCCCUGUACCUAAAACAAUGCCAUCAGGGGCGGACUGGCUAUAUGGGCUUUCGGGCAAAUGCCCUGUGGGCUGGUAUCCAAAUGGGCCGGUAAAGCCACCGAGAGGGCCGCACGGAUGCCACUAUUGCAUGUGUUAAAUUGUUAAAGGUUAUAUAGUAUUCUCUUAUAAAAGGGACCCUUUGUUAAAAAAAAACUAAACUUCUCCAGACCCUACACUACAGACUAAUACUAAUUUAAUGUAACACAUUUUCCGAAAUAAUGUAAUAGCCUACAGUUCUAGUAGCAUCCUUCACAUUCUAGGGCCUAUACACUUGGCGAUUAAAAAAGCAACAUAAGGCCUAAAUUUCUUAUAAAGAUAUAGAGUUCACUGUAUGCAUGCGAUACAUUAUAUCGAUACAUUAUCAAACCUAACAUAAUGAUUUUGAGGUCAGGUAUAAUUGGAUGCCCAUCAUGAUUUGUGGGCCGCAUGGUAUAGAAAUGCCCGGUCUGAUUUUGACUCCCAUUCCGCCCUUGAAUACCGUGCUCGCACCCACCUUUUCCCUCAUCCCCUGACCGCCAGUGUGUUAUUUAAUUUUAGCUUUAGAAUUUUGUUAAAAAUGAACUGUAGAUAGAUCUUUAUUUGUGUUUUUUUUUUAAAAAGCAAAGACUAUGUGAAUAUGUGAAUACGGGAAAUGGUGUGAGUUUUAUCUUGCUGGGCAAUAGAUGUUGUUUUUUUUCUCUUGGCUGUCUCUGAAGGCUUUCAGAUGAGUCUCACUUGUCAUGUUCGUGAAUCGCUGGCCUGCACUCUGGCCAUUAAAGCUGAGAGACUCAUUGGUCAACACUCUGUCUAGUGUACCUUAGUGAGUCAUUGACUUAUACCAUGGCUAGAGAAAAUACACAAAUGAUGGGCCUACACUCUGGCUAGUAAAACUUAGGGAGAUACUGACCUACUCUCUGGUUAGCGAAACUUAGGGAGAUACUGACCUACUCUCUGGUUAGCGAAACUUAGGGAGAUACUGACCUACUCUCUGGUUAGCGAAACUUAGUGAGAUACUGACCUACUCUCUAGUUAGCGAAACUUAGGGAGAUACUGACCUACUCUCUGGUUAGCGAAACUUAGGGAGAUACAGACCUACUCUCUGGCUAGCGAAACUUAGGGAGAUACUGACCUACUCUGGCAAAUAAGAAAGUACAAAGUGUUGUUGUUGACAUGUUAUGAAUUAUUUGACAACAUGUUAUAUUUACUGUUAUGAAGUUGUUGUUUCUUGUAUAAAAAUAUUUCUUUGAAUGUGUUAAU